UACGUAAAAACAAUUAGUUAAAGUUGGUUGAAGGUGUCGACUUCUUUUAUUCGGAAAACCAAGUUUCCAGUGUCUGUGAAGAAACUGCCACUCACAACAUGGCGGAAUCGCAAACUACUCAAUUUCCCAAAGCGACUUUCGAAAAAUGGCGCCUCCUCCUGGCCUCUUGCUUCGCAGUAGCAGAUCAUCAUUAGCCAGUGCUGGAGGUCCAGUAGGAUGCUGCGGAACACGCCCAGUACAUUCACCUCUCGUGCAGCCUGUGAUCUUUACGCGUUAAUUUUAGCCAGGGACGAGGAUCUGGGGAGGAACCACAUGUGUCCUAAGCAUGUGGCGUUGCACUGGUUGACUGCAUCAAGCCGGGGUGACUGAAGCAAGCUGGAGACGCUGCAGCCCCUGUGGUGACCGAUGGCCGGGUCAAACAUGAAUCCACCUUUGGCUGUGAUGGCUGUGGUGGUCCUCUCUGUCCUGCUGGCAGGAUCCAGCCACGCAGCCCCUGAGAUGGACCCCUACAAAAUACUGGGAGUAACCAGGAGUGCGAGCCAAGCAGAGAUCAAGAAGGUCUACAAGCGCCUCGCUAAAGAAUGGCAUCCUGACAAAAACAAAGAUCCAGGUGCUGAGGACAUGUUUAUCAAGAUCACAAAGUCUUAUGAGAUCCUGUCCAGCGAGGACAGACGUGCCAACUAUGACCGAUACGGGCAGACCGAUGACGCCCAAGCUUACAGCGGCAGCCGAUACAGACAUCGCCAGGACAACUUCUACUUUGACGAGUCCUUCUUCAACUUCCCAUUCAACACCAAGAACCACAGGGACUUCACCGACAGCAAGUACGCGCUGCACUUCAACCAGUACGUCAGCGAGGUGGUGCCUGACAGCCACAGGAGGCCGUACCUGAUAAAGAUCACCUCCGACUGGUGCUUCAGCUGCAUCCACAUUGAGCCCGUGUGGAAGGAAGUGGUGCAAGAGAUGGAGGGUCUAGGCGUCGGAAUAGGUGUGGUCGAUGUUGGCUACGAGAGGCGUUUAGCCAAUCACCUCGGUGCUCACCGCACCCCCUCCAUACUGGGUGUCAUCAGUGGAAAGGUGACGUUUUUCCAUUACGCCGUAGCAAAAGAACACCUGAGGCAAUUUGUUGAAGACCUCCUCCCUCAGAGAGUUGUGGAGAGGAUCACCGACAAAAAUGAGCAGCAGUUCUUAAACAGCUGGCAUGAGCUCAACAAGCCACAUGUGCUUCUGUUUGAUCAAGUUCCUGCCGUCCCUCUGCUGUUCAAACUCGCAGCGUUUGCUUACAAGGACUACCUGCAGUUUGGUUACGUGGACCAGGGCCUUGCGGAGACGGCCGAACUGCAGAAACGGUUUAACAUUAACACUUACGCUCCGACCAUGCUGGUCUUCAAGGAGAGCACUGACAAGCCGGCUGAUAUUAUACAAGCUAAAGGAAUGAAGAAACAAAUUAUCGACGAGUUCAUGUCAAACAACAAGUUCCUCCUCGCGCCACGGCUCGUCAGUCAGAAGCUCUUCGAUGAGCUCUGUCCUGUCAAACAGUUUCACCGACGCAGGAAAUACUGCGUUCUGUUGAUGACAACUGAUGAAGAGACAUAUUCCUCUGGGAACCGGGAGUUUCUCUCAUUUGCAUCUACCAACACAAGGGAUGUUGUGAGGUUUGCUUAUGUGUACCAACGGCUGCAGCAGCCACUCUGUGACAUCCUCAUGCACAGUGAGGACGGCGCUCAGUCAACGCCGCAGGUGGUGAUACUGGAGAGGAGAAACACAGCCGGAAAAGCUUUGUUCAAGCCAGUUACAGCCUGGAACGGCAGCGAGGAGGACAAGCUGCGUCUCCUGGAGGAACUGGAACGACUUCACAAGGACCCGUCCAUCCUCAUACAUGAUGCCAUUCUACCUGAACUCAACAAUGAGUUUGCUUCGAUGUUUGUAGUCCGGUGGAUCUCUGCAUCUUAUGACUAUCUCUCAGAAGUUAUUGAUGAUAUUCUUCAUAACAACUGGCGCGAGAUGAUGCCUCUUCUGUCCCUCAUCUUCUCUGCUUUGUUCAUCUUGUUUGGAACUGUGGUGAUCCAGGCCUUCAGCGACUCCAGUGAAGAUAAACAGAUGAAACCAAAGGUGAAGGAUGGAACUAAAGCAGAAAAUGGAUCAUCAGGGAGCCGACCUCCGAAAAAGAAUUUUGUGGAGGUGACAGAGUUGACCGACAUCACCUACAUCAGCAACCUGGUGAAGCUGAGGCCUGGACACAUCAAUAUAGUCCUGGUUCUCACUGAUGCCUCCAAAAAUAUCCUUCUUAGCAAGUUCGCCAAAGAGGUGUAUUCUUUCACAGGGACCCAGACGCUGCACUUCUCCUUCCUGAACCUCGACAAGCACAGCGAGUGGAUGAGCACGCUGCUGGAAUACGCCCAGGACGCGGCGCAGAUCGAUGCGGACGAGGACGACAGCGGGAGCCGUAGAACGGACCACACCGGGUUUGUGCUGGCCCUGAACGGCCACAAAAAGUAUUUGUGUCUCUUCAAGCCGGUCUACACCGGAGAGGACCUCGACGGAAAGCCAUCUGAAGACGAAGCAGGGACGUCAGUGGGCAAGCCGAGGCCCGGCUCCCGCGACGGUCAUCCUCAACGCAAAUCCAGUCGAUCCCGCAGCACAUCCACCCUGCAGAUUCACCACAAACUGGACCGUCUGGGGCUUUGGAUGGAACGGCUCAUGGAGGGCACCUUGCCUCGUUACUACGUUCCUGCCUGGCCAGGGCUUGACAAGAUCACACCAAACCUUGAGUGGAGCAAAUUUCUGAUAGACAGAAUAAACACAAGUUAACCAUUGAGGAGCUCUGUGAAAGUGCUGCUGGCUUCCCCUUGUUUAUUCUUUAUUUUUGAUUCCCAAACACAACUCCUUACCCCUUAACUUUCACUGGUUUUUCCGUGUCUGAAGCUCAGCUCCCUGCUAUAAAUAAGAACACAGAGACGGAUCAGAAACCCGGCACAGCUUGUGCCGAUCCUGGUGCUGCUCCCUGGUCCACUUUAUCAACUCUACUCUGCAGCUGGAAAUAUUGCCAUGCCCCGCCAUCACGGUCUCAUAACGUUGUGUUCUUUUUACACUUUACUCAGACAUUAAAAUGGAAUAAUAAAAUCACUGUGGCCACCUCUGCUCCUGCUGACGAUGGGUCAGCAAGUCAGAAGCUGUGCAGCAUAAAUAAUCCAUUUAUUUUGCAGAAAGGCUGAAGAUGAGGAAUUUAGCUUCCUGCUGCCUUGUGUCUGAUCUUUGUGCUGCUGUGGUACGACUCACUCGUGGCUGAUUUUGUUGUUGGUUUUGGAAAGUUCUUAUAAAACCCAUGUAAUUAUUUAAGCAGUUAGAAAGCCGUGUUUAAAGAAAAAAGAACUGUGAAUAAAGAUGCAUGAAACUCAUAUUUAAUGUCUUGGCCUUUUUAUGCAUCUAAAAAAUAUAUAAUUUUUUUUUCUGAUUUUACUGCUGUAAUGCCCUGAAGGUCUUCCAUGGUUCUGUGCUCCAGCAGAAAAAGAAAACAUGCUCUUGCUUUUGUUCAAUGCAAAGUAUAUUAUACCUGUGUACAUUUAACAAAUGAGUUUUUCAAAUAACCUUUCAGUAGCCUUCUCCUGCUUAAAUCAACUUAACAGGCAGUAGCUUUAUGUAGCCUUGAACCCGACAGCAUUUUUCAAAGACUUGCAUAUUUUCUAAGAGGCACUAGAGUUUACUGAUACGCCCUCCUCUGUCCAUGAACGUGAAACUGUUUGAUACUUUUUUCUAAUAAUUUAAACAGAGCUUACAAAUGCUGCUUAAAAUAGUUUGCUAUUGGUUACUACAAUCAUGGUGAGUUUGUAUCUUCAAAAAACGGUGUCCUUGGAAACUCAUCGAAAUAUUUAUGUUAUUUGAUUCCGUGUGACAUUUAUAUAUACAGUAUAUAUAUUUAAAAAAAUGCUGCCGUAAAUUGUUCCAGGUUGUGUCAAAUUCAUUUAAUGUGUUGUAAUUCAGUCCAUUUUAUUUGUAGGGCAGCAAACAGGUUUAUUAAUAAAGACAAGAAUUGUGAAUUUA